UCAACCCAACCUUGAGCGUUGAAAAUUGAAAGCACGUUGGCCCGUCAUUUUCCCCAUUUUGCCCCUCUGUCACCUCCGUCCCCGCGCUCUCCCUACGUCUCAUUUCUUCCAGUUUCUGACAUCUUCGAGGGCAAUUUCACUUCUUCCCAACUAUUUAUUAUCCUUCCUCUCUCCCUCCCCUUCACCCACGAUUUCCAGCAGCCAGGCAGGUACACAGAUUUUCUACGCGGGAAAAUGUCUCAGAUUACAGAGGAGAUCAGAGCGAAAGCAGAGAUGUACCAUGGAGAUGAAAUGUGCCAAGAGAAGUCCAAGCUAUUGCUGAAGGAAGUAGGGCUGCCCAAUGGGCUUUUGCCCUUGAAAGACAUGGAGGAAUGCGGGAUCGUGAGGGAGACUGGCUUCGUGUGGCUCAAGCAGAAGAAGAGCUCCACCCACAAGUUCGAGAAGAUCGGGAAGCUUGUUUCGUAUGAGCCUCUGGUGACGGCCUACGUGGAGCCUGGAAAGAUCAAGAAACUGAAUGGCGUGAAGACCAAGGAGCUGUUGAUUUGGGUGUCGCUGAGCGACAUAUGCGUGGAUGAUCCGCCCACGGGGAAGAUCACUUUCAAGACACCUGCAGGGCUAUUCAGAUCAUUCCCAGUUUCGGCUUUCGUAAUUGAGGAAGAGGAAGCCUGUGCUGACGCUGCGAAUAAGGAAGCCAAGCCGGUUCAAGAGGUGGAUGCCGCUGUGGAAUUCAAAGAGGUCUGAAUCUGUAUUAAUAUUAUUAUGUCGUCUCUGUUUUUGUUUUUUUAUAAAUCCCUAUUGCUCUUUGUUCUAAAGCUAGCUAGCUUUUACCCUUAAUAAUAAUCAUCCAUUCCUAGUGA